ACCCAGGUUAAACAACAUCGGGGACGUUUCAAACUAAACCCUUUUUUUGCGCUAACAGUGGAUAGCUGUCGUGACAUUUACCUCAAAAUGGUUUCCCGUCGAGCGAAAGUGUUUCCCUUCAAUCAGUCAAAAGACGCUUAUAUGGAUAUCUCACACACUCACCGAUAAUCGACUGGAGCUGAUGAUCGAGAGAAGAGCAGGGCUUGCAACAUUUUUUAGUUUGUUUUUAUUCUCUGUCGUCCAAAGGAUUACACAAGCCCGACGAGUAUUGGCCUCGACAGGAAAGCUAAAAUGCGCAAGGGACGUAUUUAUUUGCAGAAAAGGAAAUCCCUGCACUGUCAUAAAACGAUUCUCUUCGAUGCAGUGAAGAUAAAUGACACUAUGCAGGUUGAAAGAAGGGGCCUAAAGUUGAUAAGACGCGGACAGCAUCGGCAGCCAUUUUGCUGCCUUGGUCACGAAACAACCUGGUCACGCAAGCUCGGCGGUUGAUAAUAUAUUUUGCGCGCGCAAAGCAUCAUGGGAGCUUUCAAUCCUCCUUGAGUCCGGCGUAUAUGUGCAGAUUUUAUCUUGAAUUGCGCACUUUUUGCUAAAGUUAUCAAUUUUAGCAUAGUGAUAGUUUUUAAUACCCCUUACAAGAUAGGCUACAGAGCCAAGCUCAGUUCGGCUUUAAUUUUUGAUUAAUAAUGGAUAUUGAUUUGGCCGCCAUUUUUAACCGGAAGUAGACUAACUUUUUCCAAAAAAUAAAUAAACUCGCACAUUUCAUGAAAGUUUACUCAUGGACGAAUAAAAUAUAAGUGAAAGAAUGCAUCUAAGCCAAAGCUUUCUGAAAGUAACCGAAAAUAUUUCAAUUUUACGGUGACAGCGACUUUGAACCGGAAGUAGUCUAGUGGUUGAUACUGGCACGCUUGUUUCACUUUGAAAAUCUGACUUAAUCACGGAUUAUCUUGGGAUAUUAAAAUGGCCAAUACUUUAAUCCGGAAGUGAAAAUCACGCGUCGAUACUCACUAUUUUUGAAAGUCGUCAAAUGAAAUAAAAGACACAUAUAGCCAGCCCAAGUAUACCAAAUAUACACGCUCAAUAGCUGGAUCAAGAGAAAAGAAAGAAGACGAAAGCAACUGCUUAUGUGCCAAGCCUGGUGGGGAUACCAAGAACCACGGUAGCGGGCCGCUCCACCAAUUGAUUUCAACGUCUUUAAACGACCGCAUACAUUAAUAUGUGCAAGUGCUACAAGAUGAACAGUUUCUAACGGUAGGAACCGUUAAUCUGGCGGCCUCAGAAGCGCGCUUAUCCAUCUCCUUGCCUUUCUCCCUUAUUCUACAGAAGAGUCAAAGGAGUAUCUCGCCAAACAAAUACUGGUAAUAUUCCACCCAUUUACAGACAGUACUUGCUGUAUUAUCCGAAGCCACAGAUGCUUUUCGACAGCUAGCCUUCAGGCCAGUCGAGACGAAAGACAGAGUGUUUGGCAACAAUUGAGUGCUUUCCACUGCUUCUAUACGACCAACAAGUACAGAGUCGGAAGUAGACAAGGCAAGAAUGUGGCUCUUCGUGAAGAAAGGAACAGCAUUUGAUGUCAUUCUACCGACGAAGGCAGCUAUCAUACAACACACCACGAAAGCUGCCUUUCAAGCAGGCCAUUGUUGGGGGCAAGCACUCCUCCCGGCCUCAGUACUUCCGUCUUUUUAGCACAAUGGACAACAGUUGCCAUAGCCGCUUUGGGACAAACGCUACUAGAGCUUUCCAAGGCGUGCCAAUAAGCCAAGAACUAUCAGAUGAGGAACCAAGAGCUAUUAGAUGCAAGAUAGGCUGCCCAGCACGCUGCACUUGCACCAAAGCCAGCAUGAAAUGUUCAGCCCGGCCUUUGCAGCUCCACUAAAUCGUGUUUAAGAGAGAAGAAAGAGGAAACGGUUGAUGGUCCGUGUGCGCCGCACUAGCUACGUCAUGAUGUCACAAGCCGAGAGAAUCUAUAGCGGGCGCGGGUCAGCGGUUUGAAUUACCCAGACGGCUGUUCGAGUGUAGAACUUCCCACCACAGGGAAACCAUAGCUAGCUAGUAAGCAGAGUACUGCGAAACUCCUUCAAGAGAUGAUAAGAUUACGCCAGUAUAAGGACUACGAUAAAGAGUUAGAUAAAUCAAAUUUUUACAUAUAGAUAUUUAAGAUAUUUUGCCAAGAAUAAAUACCAAGAAGACUGAGAGUGGAUAUGUGAGGCCCCCUGUAUUGAAGUACAGCGGAUCUCCCCAUUUGAACAAAACAAACAUGGCGGCCAAACAUGUAUAAUUUUGUCUAAUACAAAUGAUGUACUAAAGGACCCUAAGUUCGGCUUUGACUAUGCCAGUAGAUGAAAAAGUGCUUCUCCGCCAACAUACAUCUCGUUUAGCAACAUUUGUUUCAAAUUAUAAAUGGCUCACCGAGGUCAAUAUGCGGGAAUAUUUUUGCAAUGAUGUCUGGAAUAAAGUUCCUUUUUUCUGGAGGCAACACUUCUCAGAUAUUAGACCUGAGGACCUUGCCACAGUCUUGUUGAAUAAAUGUGGUAAAGACACAAAAUUUGUGCCAAGAAAUUACAGGCAUGUGUGGUCCCUAUCUUUGCUGUCCUUUGUUCAAGCAUGUCACAGUCUUUCCCUACCAAGAAGCCCAGUGUUUGAGUCUUGCCGAGCAGGACCUUGUUGUCAGCCACGCAUGCGUAAUGAAGCAUCAUUGAAGCAUUUACGCUCACAAGUUAAGAGUAAAAAGCUUCAUGAGAUAACAAAGUUAGCAUGGGUUGUCAAGGAGAUGUCAAUCAAACAAAGCUGUGCCCAUGUAGUUGAUGUUGGUGCAGGUCUUGGCCAUCUAUCACGUGUCAUGGCAAUGGAGUACGGCCUGAGAGUCGUCUCUUUAGAAGCGGACGGUUGUCAUAAAGGCGAAGCUGAGCGACUCGACAGAAAAGCAGAAGCUUCGAAAAAGAAGCAGACGCAGACGAUUGGGUCUGAAACCCUACCGCAACAUGUGACGUUUAAGAUAACCCAAGACAUCACCACCGAAGAGUUCCUAGAUGUAUUAACUCGAUGUUUUGCUGGUGAUGACUCUCCAAAGUGCCCUGAUUUCAUCCUGGUGGGUCUACACCCCUGUGGUGACCUGGUCCCCACCAUGCUCAGGGUGUUCGCCAAGUGCGACCAGGCCGUCGGUCUCGUGAUGGCGUCGUGUUGUUACCACAAAAUGGAUGUGAAACCUUGUCACAAUUACUCAAGCAGUGAGAGGGCAAUACAUUGUUACAAGGGGGAAGAAACUGUCUCUUCUCAAGACAUACCUUCUCACAAUCACCCAAGCAGCGAGAGCGCAAUACAUUGUUACAAGAAAAGGGGAAAUUAUUGUCAAGACAUACCUUCUCACAGUAACACAAGCAGUGAUUCUUGCAAGAAAAGGGAAAAUUCUUGUCAAGAUGUACCUUCUUACAGUAACACAAGCAGUGAUAGCGCAAUACAUUGUUACAAGGAGAAAGAAGCUAUUUCUUCUCAAGACAUGUCUUCUCACAAUACCUCAAGCAGCGAUAACCUAGAACACUGUAACAAGAAAGUUGGUGAUUAUACUAAAGACAAAUUACAUCCCAGUUUCACAAGUUACGAUAACGAAAGGCAUUGUUACGGGAAAGGGGUUAGCUCAUGCAAAGAGAAACUCAAUCACAAUUGUCCUAGAAAUGAGGGCAUAACGAAUUGUUACAAGGAUGAGGCUUCUUUUUAUCAAGAUAAACCCCAUCAGAAUUGCUUCGAGAGCUUUAGUCAUUGCCGCCAGAUAAGAGCUAGUUCGUACCAGAAAAAAGUAUUAAAAAAUUCUGCAGAAUACUAUUUGGAAACUCAGAAUGUGGACGAAAAGGGUAGAAACCCAUCGAUGAAAGAAAAGACACAGAAGAAAAGUGCGUGCGGGGAAAAGUUCCUGGAAAGUUCUAAGAAAUGUUGGGAAGACUUAAGCGAAGACUUAGGUGAAGAAAUAAGAACGUGCAAUAAAUCAUUGGAAGCAAAACAUUACUACGAAAAACAUACAUGUGAUGGCGAAAAUUCGGGUAGAUCACCCAACCCCAUGUGUAUCACGAAGACUAGCAUUGAUCACGUGUCAGGUUUCCCUUUGUCUGAUUGGUUGGGGGCUUGUUAUCUUGGUUACACGACUAGAGAGCUGGCGUGUCACAAUUUGGAACAAUAUGUGGACAAACUUAAAGAGAAGACCCUGGGGACGAGGUGGGCCUUGAAAUCAUGCCACAAGGCGCUAAAGCUAACCGCGUUACCAAUGUUCAAUCAAAAACACGUCUUGAUGUUUUUGCCAGCUAAUUCCCCAAGGCUAAAGCAUCAUUGUUACCGAGCCAUCCUGGAGCUUAUUAUCAUGCGACAGCGAGCGGACUGGGACCGGUCUGCAGUGCGUCUGCGCGGAAAGCGAACGGCCGAGGGGGUUGAUGGGAUUACCUUUAGAGCUUAUGCAGAGCCUCUGUUGAGAAAGAUUGGGAUUGACGUGAAGUCUGUAAACAUUGAAUCUCUGGAAUUCUUUUCCCUUGAGACUCGCUGGCGUGAGGUGAUGGCAUUUUACUGUCUCCGACUACUUUUUGCUCCGGUCAUCGAGUCGCUAAUCCUCUUGGACCGACUGGUGUAUCUUCACGAGCGAGGUAUCAAUGGGAGCGUCUCCGCUGUUUUCGAGCCUCGAAUCUCACCAAGAAAUCUGGCCAUCACUGCACGUAAAACACUCAGAAAUAAUGCGGCAGAAAUCUAGGUGUGCACAGACAGAUUUAUUAGAGUGCCGUAAACAAAGAAGUACAUAGGCCAUUAUUCUCUAAUAUUUAUAAAUAAGAUUGUCUAAUUAAAAAGCAGUCAUAUAUGUAUUAAGCUACAAGGCUAUGGUGUUUUAGGGGGCUAUUAAAUCUGUAAAGUUUGGGAAUUGUUUAUUUAGUUGUUGCAAAAGAGUAUUUCUAAGUUCUUUGUAAAUGGGCAUUUGACAAGAAUAUGUUCUUCAUUUUCCAUAGUGUGACAGCGCAAACUCUUGAUUCUGGUGUAAUAUAAUUUUUAUUGUAGCGACCUCUUUCAAUUUGUAGAAUGUGGUCGCUUAUUCUUAGUUUUGUUAGUGCCCUACGAUAUUCUGUACUUUUAGUAAAUAAUCCUCUAGUUUAUAUUCUGAUUUGAAUUCUCUGAAUGUUCUUAGUUUGUUCCCUCCAAUUGGUCUGGAAUUAUCGUCGAAAAGGCUCCAAUCUUGUAUUCCGAUAUCUUCUAAUCUCUGUUUGAAUUCUUUAUAAAGUUGUUUUAUUAAUUUAGUGUCUAAGGUAGCCUCGUUUUGGUACUCCAAACAGUAGCCAUAACCGUUUUGAAAUAAAAGUGAUUUAAUUUCCAUU